UAAAACUAAAUUAGUUUAUAAAGCAAAUUUUAUAGUAAUUACACUAAAAUGAUCAAUUAUAUAUUAUCGCAAAACUGGGUACUGUAUUGGCUACCCGUGUCCGUCGCCUUUACAGUUAUUUACCGCUAUUACACGCGUAAUUUCAACUAUUUCACCAAGAUGGGCGUCAAUGGGCCAAAACCAGUGAUCAUUUUUGGCAAUCUAUGGGAACUACUGUUCACAUCGAAGGACAAGUUGGACAUCAAAAGAGUUAGAAAAUAUGGCAAACUUUUUGGUAUAUUCGAUGGAAACAAACCACUACUGCAAAUAGCAGACCCGGUGCUCAUCAAACAGAUCCUGGUGAAAGACUUUCACAUGUUCACCGACCGGCCCCUUAUAUCCAACGCCUCGCACCCGAUCGCCAAUCAAAACCUAUCCAUCGUCAGGGGUCAACACUGGCGGCGCAUGCGCUCUAUGGUGUCGCCCACAUUCACGUCGGGCCGUAUGCGUCAGAUGUACCCAAUGCUGGGCCACUGUUUGCAAAACCUGUUGGCCACUCUAGACGAGUACACGACGACCGGUGGCAAAGGUGUAGUGGACGCGUACCGGGUGUACGGCCACUACGCGAUGGACACCAUAGCCGCCGGCGCGUGGGGUAUGGAGACGGACGCCCUCCGCGAUCCCAACAACCCUAUGGUCCUCAGCGCCAACCGUAUGGGCAAACUCUCCGGCGGGAAGAUAUUUUUGACGGCACUCGUACCGCCACAACUGCUGGUAUGGCUGAACAUCCGGUCGGUGCGCAAUGAGGGCCCACUGAACGCCAUGAUUGAGUUGAUCGGUAAUCUGGUCCGCGAGCACCGCAAGAGUUACCAACGGAGCGAUGACUUUAUAGGGCUGUUGUUGAGGGCCAAACCGGUGACGGCUAAGGGUAGGGCCACCGCAACCGCCGGUAGUGCCGAAACAGAUGAGAGUCGCGAUUAUGAGGGCCACCAUAUUAAUGAUGGCACUGAAAGCAAAGCAAUCGAGAAGAAAGUACUGGACAUUGUGUCGGACAGAGAGGGAGAGGUCGAGCCGUUGACCGACGAGGAGAUAAUCGGGAAUUCGCUGUUUUUCUUCAUCGCCGGCUACGAGCAGAUGGCGGCCACUCUUUCCUACAUUACGUAUGAGUUGGCCCUAAACCCAGAUAAACAGGAAAAGCUGUACCAAGAGGUGAGUGCCGUCGCCCGGGCACCUGUCACCGGGUCCAUCACCACCACUACAACUGCAGGCAAAAUUACUUCCGACGAUCACUUGGAAAUACCGUACGACGUGUUGGCCACUCUACCCUACCUCGAUGCGGUCACUUCCGAGUCGAUGCGCAUACACUCGUCACCAAUAAAGUUACGCCGAUACGCGAUGGACGACUACGUGCUGCCGGGCACGGGUGGUGUGCGGGUGUUAAAGGGCCAAGAGGUUCAGAUACCCACUCACGGCAUACACCAUAUGGACGAGUACUUCCCGGAGUCGUCCCGUUUCAUACCGGAGCGCUUUAUGCCAGAAAAUCGGCACAAACUGACGCCCUAUACGUACCUACCUUUUGGCGCCGGACCCCGACAUUGUGUUGGUAUGCGGUUCGCGUUAAUGGAGGCCAAGUAUGCGUUGGCCCAUAUUGUGCUACAUUAUCGGCUGUCCCGGUGUCCCGAGACUGCUGUUCCCCCUGCUGUUCAGAAUCACCCACUGUUGAAGUUACCGCAAUCGGUAAUGUUGGCCAUCGAGCGCCGGGUUUAA